UGCUUAUUUGUUUGUUUUAGACGCAAUCCUAAAGUAUUUGAAGAAUUACAAAUCGGCGAUGUAUUGGGCCUGACGCUUUCAAAUUAUGUUCGGACGAAUCCCACAAGGAUCUAUGUCCAUGGUUUCCUACUGAGAGAAGACUGUAACUUUAUUGCAGUUGAUUGGAGUUUGCUAGCUCUCGCCCUUUCCUAUCCAACAGCUGCCUCGAAUGUCCAGUCAGUCGGUGUACUUACUGGAAAUCUGGUGAACUUUCUCAUUUCACAAGGAGCUGAUCAGAGCCAAUUUCAUUUGAUGGGUUUCAGUCUAGGGGCACACGUUGUUGGCCGAGCAGGGCUAACCACAAACGGCAGACUCCCUAGAAUAACAGGGUUUGAUCCGGCAUUUCCAUGUUUUGAUAAAUCCGAAGUUGACGAUAUCCUGGACAAAACGGAUGCCCAAUUUGUUGAUAUUAUCCAUACCAAUGCCGGUACCAUUUUAGACAAGCGUUUCGGAUUCCCACUGGCACUUGGACAUGCUGAUUUUUGGCCUAAUGGUGGGUCCCUGCAGCCGGGAUGCGGUCUGGUCGAGGAAAGUACUGCUGUAAAGAUAGGGAACAUUCUUGACAUUUUUGACGAAGCGUGUAGCCACCGACGGGCGGUGCAGUAUUUUGCAGAAUCAAUCAACAGUGCCGUUCCGUUCAACUCCACCCAGUGCGACUCGUACUCCCAGUUUCAGCUUGGAUCCUGUCCUGAAAAUCUCAAGACCUCAAUGGGUCUGUUCGUGUCAGCAACAGCCACUGGAAAUUUUUUCCUCAACACGAACUCUCAUAAGCCUUUUGCAGAGGGUUAAAGAAAC